AUGAAAAGAGAUAUAAUAUCGCUAGAUAGCAUUACCGUCAACAAUUUGGGGGUUUUUAAGAAGAUAAAUGAAGUUACCUUACCUACGUCUUAUCCAGAUCAAUGGUACAAAGAAGCCUUAAAAUCUGAUCAAAUCUCAAUUUUGGCAUAUUACACCGAGUUGCCAGUGGGAGCUCUUAAAGCUAAGCCUGUCAAUACAUCGCAUAAGCCUACGUCAUUUGAAGAAGCACGAAGACAACAAUUGGAGCCUAAAAUGCUCCCUAAUGCUGUUUAUGUUGAGAGCUUAGCAGUUCUUGAAGCUUAUAGGAACUUGGGUAUCGGGCAAAAAUUACUUAGCUAUGUGAUAGAGGAGACUAAGAAAAAAUACAUUCAUGAAAUUAUUGUUCAUGUACAUAUUAAAAAUGUGGAAGCAAUUGAUUGGUAUAUUAAGAAGGGAUUUAAGAAGUCUGAGCUGGUAGUAGAAGGUUAUUACGCUAAACAAGGACUUGAAUAUCCUGAUGCCUUUGUGUUAUACAAAAAAGUCUAA